AUGGGAGGGAAUUCAAUACGCCCAUUGUUACCACACUACUAUGCUACCAUACAAGGACUUAUAUUCGCUUUGGAUUGUUGUGGGAGUUUUAACCGUGUCACCGUGGAUGAAACUAUAAAAGAAUAUUGCGAGAAGAUACAGGAAGAUGUUCUACCAAAUGAGGUACCUGUUCUUAUUCUCGCCAAUAAUCACGACGACUCGCGCGCAACUUCACUAGAUAAUAUCCGGGAACAAUUCGGGAAAGAAAAAUGCUUCAUUGAUAGACGUUGGGCGGUCCAUGGUGUCGACAUUUGUAACAAAGAAGACAACGGAUUGUUUGAAGCGUUUGAUUGGCUCUCGGAUCAGAUGAUAACCAAUGAAAAACAAAAGAUGGCUUUGGAUAUAUUAACCGGAAGCGAUGCCAACGGAAAGACUAACACAUUUGAGAAAAAGCUGCGAGAUAAAGAAGAUAAAGGUUUUCUAUCAGAAUUCGUUAGGUCGCUGAAAAGGAUUGUUUGUCGGCCAGUUAUUCGACAGUAACUAGGUACAUCAUCGUGAUGAGACGGGUAUGAACUAGAACAGACAAUAUAUUCGAAACUAUUAAUAGAAAUAGAAAUAUACUG